GCAAACACAAUGAAGCAGUGGGUGAGGUGCCCUCUUUUAGUUAUAGUCUUCUUGUUGAUGACUUAUGAGAGUAAUUGUGCAGAAAUUGUUGGUGGAAGUGAGGUUCCAAGUCAUUCAAGACCCUACAAGGCUUAUCUCAGCACUGUGUGUGGUGGUGCUCUGAUUACACCAAAUUGGGUGUUGACAGCAGCGCACUGUAAUAUAAAGAAGAAGAAUAUUGAAGUGACCCUGGGAGCUCAUUCGCUAAUUGAAAAUGAAGCAAUGAAACAGACAUUUCAAGUGAAGACUGUGGUUGUUCAUCCUGAUUAUAAUUCCUCAACACUGUUGAAUGAUCUCAUGCUCCUUGAGCUAGGAAGACCUGCAGAACUCAAUCAAUAUGUCAGUCUUCUUGAUCUGCCUAAUUCCGGAGAGGAUGUCAGGCCUGGAACCAAGUGUACUGUUGCGGGAUGGGGAAAGAUCUCCUUCAAUGGACAGACCUCUAACACGCUCCAGGAAGUCAGUGUUACAGUUAUAGACAGAGAGCUAUGCAGUAACUUCAAAUACUAUAAAGGACGAAUAACAAAAAAUAUGCUUUGUGCUGGCGAUGAGAAGGGAGGCAAAGACUCCUGUAGGUCAACAAGAGUCGCAGACUGAAUGGCUACUUGGUUUAAAUACACUUAUUCUCUAUAUUAACAUCCUUCUGUCAAAUUUACUUUAUUCAAAAAGACACUUUUUUUACAUUAUGGAUGAACUACCUUUUUUCUGUAUAUCUUAUUAAAUGUAAUACUAUGUUGCAUAAAAAUGAUUACUAAUGGCACCCUGAAAAUGAGGGCAAAAAUGGAGAGGGGAAAGGUGUGAUACAAAGUUUAACAGAUUAAAA